AUGGUUGUGGGCCUGAUUUUGCGAGCGGGCGUUGUCUACGCUGUGGUAAUGGUCACCAAGAACUACGGCGUGUGGGAAUCGCCAACCAAGACGCAGGAUGUGUACGAUGAAACCGUGGAGCGCAUCGAACCCUACGCCGAUCGGGCGCGACGUAAACUAAAUAUGUGUCCGCCUAGGCCACCACCGGAAGGAGAAUGGUCCUUCUUUGGCGUCUACUACUACAACAAGUUAGUUAAAUCGGUUUUCGACUUACUAAGCGUCUUUCCCGCUGGACUGGCUGCGUUUUUGGAGAAAGUGCCAAGCUUUGUCAACGCUUUCAACGAAACCAUUCAAAAGUACAUUAAGGAGAGCCAGUCCAAGAAGAAAGAAAUAACGAUAUCCAAGGGACAGCUGGACGAGACUCCUCUGGUCAGACCUCCCGGACUGGUGCCACCGCAUUGCAAAGACAAGAACUGCCCGAAGGCUCCUCUGAUUCCACCAGGAUGCGACCGGAACAGGGAUAGCUUUAUCUACGAGCCACGAUUACCCAAAAAGCCACCGUGUGAGUGCGCCAAGUGCAAGCAACGUCAGGCGGAGAAUUGGAAGGACAACAAACGCAAGUGCCCCAGAAUACCUAGCAGUGAAGCCAAGUGUAGAUGUGGAGAGGGACCUCAGUCAGAAGCCCGCUCGGAGCCCAUCAAAUCCUGCAAACAGUGCCGAAAGACACCUCGAGAAACCUCUACCUAGAAAUCCCCUGAACCAAAUCUCCUCAGACCAUUGACCAAAUUUAUUGUACCAUCACCUAGACAAUAUAAAUUUGAUUGCUUUCUUGUAAA